AUGGUAAGGAAAACUGUAUCGGCUGAUGCAGUGGUGUAUUUUCGAAUAUUUAAUCCGAUAAUAAGUGUGACGAAUGUGGAAAAUUCACGUUAUUCAACUCAACUUCUGGCUGCAACGACCCUGCGAAAUAUUUUGGGUACAAAGACAUUGCAAGAAAUUUUGAGCGAUCUUGAAAAUAUCUCGCAUUCGAUGCAAGUUCAUCUUGAUGAAGGUACAGAUACAUGGGGUGUCAAAGUCGAAAGUGUACAGCUUGAACCCACACCCGAACGACCGAGCACGGCAAUAUCAUAUGGUGCAUUGGGUGGACGGUAUUUAACAACGGGCAUUUAA